UGAGGAUGACUUAAAUGAAUCAAUUUAUACAGUCUAUACUAACAAGAUGCAUUUACUUUUCAAUAGUUUAUCACUUAAGAAUUUUGUAGUUAAACUGUUUGACCUAGAGCAAUUUAGGGAUGAACGACCUUCUAUGAAGUUUUCCCAACAAAAAAAACGUGUGAAUGAGGACAAAGUACACUAAGAAAUCUUGUGUUGGUUUGUCGGCAUAAUCGAUGAUCCUAAAGACAUUUAUACAUCUUAGAAAGGACUACUUAUAGAGAGUUAUAACCAACAAAGAAUUAUGUGAAUUGUCACCAUGUAAAGUGUUGUGAAGUGAAGUCAUUGGAAGACAAAACAAGGCUGUCCAGCCUAAAGCAAUGGUGCACAUAGGAGGGUCAAGAAGUUUCGGGCAACACAAAAAAACUAUGGAGGCACAACAGAAUCGUCAUGUUUCUUAUCGUGAAGUGUAUAACAAAGUUCACAAAAAAAAUGACGGUGAAUUUGUCUCAACUAGGGCAAAGAAAUUUAUUGAAACAUAUGAAGAAUCAAUGACACAAAAAUAUGGAGAAGACACUUCAUCUCAUCCUGUAAUUGAUUCUGAUCUUUGGUUAAAAGCUGCAGGUGAAAACAAGAAGAAAAGAGUUCAUGGUAUGGGACAUAGCUUGGAUCUUGGAACUGGUAGCUCUACACAAGCUUCAUCUCCAGAGGUUGCAUGUUCCUUUACAAAUCUUACGCCUAUGACAGAAGAACGGGUCACUACAGUUAUAAAUAAUGCAUUGGCCUAUUUUUUGCAAACUCAAUUACCAGAGAUGAUGAGGCAAAUAAUUCAGGCAGUUCAACCAUCAACAACACCAUCAACCAAUCAACAUAUGGAGGAUCAAGGACGAGAUGAUGAUUUUACUAGCUUAGGUUGAUUACUAUUUAAGAUGACUCGUUAUUUGACUUUUCUUUUUGUAAGAAAUUUAUUAGUUGGGUUUUCUUUAAUAUAUU